AUGGAGUGGCGUGGGGUCUUGACGUACGAGUGCUCGCCGAUUAAAAGAAAACAAGAGGAACCACUGAUGCUAAUAGGGAGAUAUAUCAACUCGUUAGACCCAUACGACAUUAGCAUUUUCUGUAUUCGACUCCAACAGGGGAUGAUCCGGUUUGAAGACGUUGCCAAAGCGUCGUUUGACUUGUAUUGUGAGAAAAAGGUAUUACAAGGAAAUGUUCUAAACGAACUCCUCUUUCUUUUUUACUCGAAUUAUCCUUUUCUUAACUCGUUCAAAUCCUUUCUUCAACGCAAUAGAAAAAUAUUUUACUUGACACAAGACGAAUGGGUGUCACUUUUUGUGGAAAGGGAAUAUAUACUUUCUUGUGGCGAUGCAUCAGACAAGCAAAUGAUGAACUGGCCACUCUUGUUUGAAGACUUCAAAACUGAGUGCAUUCGACAAACCACAAUGCAGUGUUUUUAA